UCAACUCCAAGAAAUAAAACACUCAAACUUUACUCCUCAGCUGGAGCAAGUGACAGCAGCAUCUGUGCGCCAGUAGAACUGACACUCAGCUGUUUGCGUUUAGGUGAAUUAUCCCAAUCGAAGCGGGACAUUUGACCACCUGUGAACCAUGGAAGAAGACGCGUCCCACGCCGAGCGCAGCAGCGUUUCAGGCAGCACCCACACCAUCCCGCAGCAGCAGCCCGAAAACACGGAGCUCCUGAUCCCGAGCUUCAGCCCGUCUUCCGCCCCGUCCUCCCCGACCCCGACCAGCACUCUCUCCCGGCUUGGCUUGAAAAGUCCGACCUCUCCGACCGCGGUCGCGCCGGGCAGCCCGGUGGACCGCGGCCAGGUGAGCGCCAUCACAGUCGUGGCGCUGCUGGACAAGCUGGUCAACAUGCUGGAGGCGGUGCAGGAGAACCAGCAGCGGAUGGAGCAGCGGCAGGCCGAACUGGAGGGAGCCGUGCGGGUCGUGCAGGGGGACGUGACCCGCCUGAGCAAGACCCACAUCAGCACCUCCAACAGCGUCAGCAAGCUGCUCGAGCGCUCCCGCAAAGUCAGCAGCCACCUGAAGGAUGUGAAGGAGCGCAUGGACAAACAGGCGGUCCAGGUGAAGAAGCUGGAGGCAAACCACAGCCACCUGCUGAAGAGGAACCACUUCAAAGUGCUCAUUUUCCAGGAAGACAAUGAGAUCCCCUCCAGUGUGUUAGUCAAGGACUCCCUCAAGACCCCACAACCAAGCCAGUAUGAUGCAGAAUCCACCCGACCUACUCCAUCUAUUACAGGCUCUGUUGACGGCCGUGCCCAAGAGGAGGGUCUCCAGACCAUUAGCCUGUCCUCAGAUGAGGAUGAUGAUCUUGCAACACCCCAGGGGGAAGAAGAGGUGCUGGAGGCUGAGGCCGGAGUGGGUUUGGGCACCUCCUUCACAUUUGAGAGAAGGGCUGACAGAUUCAAGCGCUCCAGCCUGAAGAAGGUUGAUAGCCUCAAGAAGGCCUUUUCACGACAGAGCAUUGAGAAGAAGAUGACCCAGAUCACCACUAAGAUUGUGCCGCCGGAAAAGCGUGAGAAAAUCAAGAAGAGCCUCACUCCUAACCACCCCAAGAGCCCAACUGCUAAGAGCUCCUCAUUCAAAGUGUCUCCCAUGACCUUCAAUGUAAAGAAGGUCAGAGAUGGGGAGGUCCCCACACAAGAGAUGGGCUCACCUGAGGAAGAAGCCCAUGUGGAGAUUCCUCCUCUGGGAAGUUUAGAUGGUGAGAAUCCCUUGGCGGAGGUGCAUACCCAUGAAGGCGUGGUGGAGGAGAUUCAGGAGACGCUGAGUCCCUCCACCCCAGACAGCAUGAAGGCAGAGUUGGCAAUCAAUGGAGAAGCACCAAGCAUUGAGUGCGAGAUUAAUGGCCAUCGUUCUGCUGGCCUGGCAGUGCCAGAGCAUGAUGAAGAUGUUGGCGAAGAAGAAGACGAUGAGGAAGAAGAAGAAGAGAAACAUAAAAGCCCUGUUGAGACAACAGCAGAUGCCCAGAUUCCCACGGCAACAACUGCUGUGGAGCAAGUGUCUUAAUAUGAUUUGAUUUUAUUGAGCAUCAGUUCUAAUUUCACAUUUUUUCUUUUCUUCCUUAAGUUUCUACAUUUAACACCCAGCAAGCAUAAAUCAUCCCUCCACUGUAAAUAGUCUUCCUAAGCUUCCUUAGGUAGUCCAUCCUUGGACCUUUCCUAUAACUCCACCUUUGGUUAUCACCAGCAUCGUCUAAAAACCUUGACACAUCUACAUAAGCAACAAGGUUAACAGCUACACCUCGCAGUGGAGCCUCACAAAGAGUGCUUUGUAAACUCUCUAGUUGGGUUGUCCAAAGAAAGCAACAUUGCAUCAGUGCACCAUAACUCACUCCAUCAACUGAUGCCCACCACUUCAACAGCAGCACAUCUCCAGGGCGGUGGGCCAACUAUCUCCUGCUGUGUUUGUCUGCCUCUGGACCUCCCUUCCUCACUGACAAAUAGUCUCUUUGUUCUUUGCGGGUUUUGUGAAAAAUUGUAAAUCUUUGACAACAGUGGUACUGCCCACAGCCUAUUGAGGCAGUGUGUUGCCAGGUUGUGCAACAGUUGGAAUGGGCAGUUUCUGGGUUUUCAGUGAAAAUGUCCUGGGGUGUUUUGUAGUGAACUGGAGGUUGUUUACAGAAUUCGAUGGAGCUCUGCUGAAAAAGCUCUGCUGGUCUUAACUAACAGGUGACUGUACUUCAGUAGUCUGAGUGGCUAUAUAUUGUCUCCUGUCCUUCACCUGCAGUUAUCAAAUUGUACGUUAGUCCCUAGUGAGAUCUAGUUCAUUAUGUCCAGCCUUAUCACUGAUGACCCACCUAGAGUGCUGCAUGAGUUGCAUGCAGUACACAGAAAUAUAGUAAUUUGUUCUUGCCAAUUGACCACCAACAAUUAACGUUUGAAUCACUGAAAAGUAGAAUAGCAUAGAAUAAUUUGAAAUAGUAAAAAAUGUUCUUGCAAAUAACAUUUAUUUGAUAUUCCUAGAAAGAUAAAAAGAAAUAUAUGUUUGAGUUCAGUCACACUGAUGCAGUGAUGUCCUUCAUUUGCAUCAGUCACACUGAUGCAAAUGAAGGACAUCACUGCAGCAUAGAAGCUACUCUAGAUGGGGAGAAAAAAUAUACCACUGACACAAACCCUGCAGGUUUUAUUACUGACAUGCCAAAUGUCCGUUUUACAGCCUUUGUCUUUUCUGCAGGGCAACUUUGUAUGUUUAUGUACAGGAAUUAUUUUAUAAUUUUCUACAAGAGGCACACUGCUCUCUACGUAUUUACAGCUUAUACAUCAUAAAAAGUAACUUUAUGAUGACUGCCUUGAGUGCGUGUUCUUAUUCAGUAAAUGUUGUAUCUUUAAAUUUUUGUGAUGUGAUAUGAUACAAGGGUGUGUAUAAGUCAUCUUUUACUUUCAGGCAUCCAUAACUUGCAUGGGGAAAUGUUUACUCAGUUUCAUAUAUUUAAAACAAACACAAUCUCAAAUACAUUUACCAGGACACCAUCAUUGAAGCCCCUCCGCCUGCAUACAUGCACACACAUAAUCCUACAGUGCCUUUUACCUUGCACAAGCUGGUACAGUAAAUAAUCACACGCGUGAUGGGGGAUGGAUUCCAAUGUUUUUGUAGAUAAGACUGAUAGUAAAGCAUGCCUGAAGUUUUUUUUUUCUCUUCUGAGGAAUUCCUUGCAGCUAUCACUUUAUGGGGCAUACUCAAGAUUUGAUGCCAACUUUAAAAAGACAAAGAAUGUUUAAGUUUAAAAGAGGUGCAAAUACAUCUGUCAUAAUCAACUUCAUGUUUGGAAGUCACAGCUGGAAGUUUCUAUAAGGUGACCUUCCUCUUGUUUCACUUUGUUAGUGCUUUACCAGCAUAAGUUACCGAUGUCUAAAGCAUGACUCCCUAAAAAUAAUUCAGCAAGUGAUACCAGGUGCCAAGGAUCCAAAUGCUAGAGAGGUCACAGAAGUGGCUAAAGGCAGAGGACAGCAUUCCUAGGUUUGACGGAUGACUACUGCUCAGCCCAUUUUUCAUGCUCUUGGCCUGCUUGUUCAGACAGUGCAAAGAGAGGAAGAUGCUCUCCGGAGCCACAGGUGUUCUGCCCCUGUAGGCGCUCCUGGGCAUGAGCUUGUAGUGGAAGGUGUGGUGUUGAGAAGUUCGGGAAAGGAUUUCAGUUGUUGGAAAGGUUCAGAAAGUUGUCUUGGUGGUAUGCAUAUGUGCAGCUUGUGUCUGCAAUGCGUUAGACCAUGAGAAUUUUAAUACAUUUUAGGGGGCGUAGGAACCAAAUGCUGGCACAGCUGGAUUGGGAAACCUCUAUUUCAGUCACCCCAUAGAUAGAGAAAUCGAUUCUUUGCUUCUUCUAAGUCUAAAUAUGCCCAAAAUAUUUUAUUAUAUCCAAACUAUUCCAGAAAAUCACUUUAUUGAGGUCUGGUAAACACAGAAGAAAUACAGUGCGUGUGAUAUAAACAAAGCUAUUCAAUAAUACUUUACAAAGGAAAUGCUUCGUGUGUUAUAUAGGUUAACCUGCCAGUCUUCAAAAAUGGAUCUGUAAGGAUAAAAUAAACAAACAUAAAUAAUGUUAAACAACUUGUUACCUAUUUAUAUUAAAUGGACUUAGUCAGGCUGAGGAUUUCUUCUUUCUAAAGCUUCUUUAUAAAAAUCACAUUACUAAAAAAGGAUCAAACACUAGGCUUAUGUGUGCCUUUUGUCUAAUGUAGGGGUUAAAAUUUGACUGGCUUUGAUGUAUUUCUUCUUAUUCACGCAAAUGUGUUACUUCAGUGAUAUCUCUGUCUACUCAUGAUAAAAAAAAAUAAAUAAAUAUCUAGAAAUAAAUAUCUAAACAUGUUUAUGUGUGUAAAAGUCUGAUUUUUUUUUUUUUUGAAUCGCUAUUAAAUCUGGAUCAUAAGCAAGGACCAUUAUUUGCUUGAAAGUUCAAACAUCAGAUGCUUAGAGUACAGGUGGUGAUAUUGUGUUUACUUUCAUCUUUGUUUUUUACUUUUUAGCCUGUUGAAUCAGAUAACCACUUAAACCAAAGAAGCUUCCUUCACAGCAGAUUCCCUGCCACGAGAGUGUUUAAAUGUACUCCUACUGCCACUUGUUUCAAGCAUCUUGUAAACGUGCAGGAAUUUCCUUUCAAAUUUUAGUAUUAUAUACAUCAAUAAAGACUUUAUAACAUUUGGA